AUGAAAAAACAAAAGGGGGAGGGAAAAGAAAGCGAAUUCCCAAAAAAAUCCUAUCGAAAAGAGCACUACGCGCUCAUACGCAAUCACCUCACAAACUUCAGAGACAUUCGAGAAAUCGAUUUCCCAUUUAGGUCUGGACGCUACAAACAUUUCAAGGUAAUCGGCGUUUGCAACGGGUUGAUCUGUUUGUCCCAUGAGGGUUACCGUCGCGCUCGCGGGAUUAUACUGUUGAACCCGUCUAUCAUAAGGUACUUAGCCCUCCCCAAACCUCAAUUGUCCCUCAAAUUCCUCGAGGCAUUUAUUUUCACUUAUGUGGUCGGUUUCGGGUAUGACUGCGGGUCGGACGACUACAAGGUGUUGAGGAUUACGAAUGUGUGUGGAAUCAGAAGCCGGAAAAACCAGGGUGUCAACCCGCCUAUGCCGGGUCCCGUGGUUGAAAUGUACACGGUCAAGUUGGAGUCUUGGAGGAAUUUAAAUAUAGAUGAGCUAACUUUUCCUCAUCUGUUUCAUGAGACCAAUCAGGCUUUCGAGCAGGGAUGUUUGCAUUGGCUGAACGGGCAGUCUUCGAUUGCUUGUUUUGAUUUGAAAAAUGAGGUGUUUAAUGGAGGUAUAGAUUUGCCCGAAAGUGCACGCGAGUGGGACUUCUUUCACUUGGCAGUGCUUGGGGAGAAGCUUGCCCUUGUAGUGGACCACACCCCGGUCAAGGGGAUUGCUCAUGUGUGGGCCAUGGAGGAGUAUGGGGAGGUGGUGUCGUGGAGGAAGCUGUACAAUGUUCAUACGACCCCGAGAUAUUUCUUGUUCGUGGGGUUCACAGACAAUGGGAACAUGAUGUGCACCUUAGACCGUAAAAGGCUAUAUUGUUACGAUCCGGACAGGGAUUUCUUGAACAAUCUGUGCAUUUGUGGAUCAAGGGCUCGUUUCACGUGGAGAUGUAUAUGGAGAGUUUGGUUCUGGUUGAUGGGGAGAGUGCGGUUCCCAGGUCGGAGGCUAUUACCACUUCACUAUUAG